GUUGAAUGCUCUCUUCGCAGAUAGCACCACUGCCUCCGGAGAGUUAUUUUCAGAUAUUCCUUUUAUUCCGUGGUUUCAACGCGUUACGGUUUAAUCAGACGUAGAGGGAGAAGAGGAGAAUAGGGAGGCUAGUCGAGGCCAACGAACGGACUUAGAUCCACAGGAAGAGUACAAGUGUUCUAGUAUACUGCUGUUUCCUUGAUAGUGAUUGUGUGUGAUGUUAUAAGUCUAUAUUGUUGUGCACUUAUACAGUUCCGUCAAAAUGCCGGUGUUUCACACGAAAACGAUAGAAAGCAUUUUAGAACCUGUUGCCCAGCAGGUUUCUCGUCUCGUCAUCCUUCAUGAAGAAGCAGAAGAUGGCAAUGCUAUGCCAGAUCUGGAACGGCCUGUUAUGGCUGUCAGUAAAGCUGUUGCCAAUUUGGUCAAGGUGGGCAAAGAGACUAUUAAUAGUAGCGAUGAUGCCAUCUUGAAGCAAGAUAUGCCGUCAGCUCUCAUCAGAGUUGAAGGGGCCUCCAAAUUACUUGAAGAAGCUUCUGGAAUGCUCAAGGAUGACCCUUUCAGUGGACCUGCUAGAAAGAAGUUGAUCGAAGGCUCCCGUGGGAUAUUGCAGGGAACAUCUGCUCUCUUGCUUUGUUUUGAUGAGUCGGAAGUAAGAAAGAUCAUUCGCGAGUGUAAGAGAGUUCUGGACUAUCUUGCUGUGGCAGAAGUUAUAGAGACAAUGGAAGAUCUGGUGCAGUUUCUUAAGGACCUAAGUCCAUGUUUGAGUCGGGUGUCUCGAGAAGUGGGAGGAAGAGAGAAGGAACUCACUCAUCAGGUUCACCGGGAGAUUUUGGUUCGAUGUUUAGAUCAAGUUAAAACUCUUGCCCCCAUAUUGAUUUGUAGUAUGAAAAUUUUCAUACAUAUUAUUGCUCAGGGAGGGAAAGGUGGUGAAGAAGCGGCUGAAAACAGAAAUUAUUUAGCACAACGAAUGACUGAUGAAAUUAAUGAAAUAAUUCGAGUGUUACAACUGACAACAUAUGAUGAAGAAGAAUGGGAUGCUGACAAUAUUACAGUAAUGAGAAAAGCUCAGAAUGCUAUUGAAGGAAAACUGCGUGCAGCAUAUGACUGGCUUGAGGAUCCUUUGGCGUUGAGAGGAGGAGUGGGUGAAAAAUCAGUGCGACAGAUUUUGGAACAUGCACAGCGGGUGGCAGAACGCUCCCUUCCUCCAGAUGCAGAAGCCAUUCAUAAACUUUGUGGGGAUGUGACAACAAUGGCAGAUGCGUUAUGUGAAUUGCGACAAGAUGGAAAAGGAACAACUCCUCAGGCAGAAUGUUUAUCAAGAGGCAUUCAAGAAAAAUUGGCAGAUGUUCAGAACCUAGUAAUGCGGGCAGUAGUGAGCAUGGAAAAGUCUGGUGUGCAACAACCUGCGCACACUGUGUCUGGCCGUCUGGAACAAGCACACCGCUGGCUGUCAAAUCCAGAACGUGAUGACCGUGGCUUGGGUCAACAGGCUAUUGCACUAAUUGUGGAUGAAGGAAAGAAGGUGGCAGAAGGGCUUCCUGGCAUUCAGAAAGCAGAAAUCUUGGGCCUUUGUGAUGAAGUUGAUACACUAUCUCAUCAACUGAGUGAUUUGUGUCGUCGUGGAAUGGGUAAUAGCUCCCAGGCUCAAGAAAUUGCCAGGGUACUAUCACAAAAAUUGUAUGAACUCAAAAAUCGAAUUCAAAAUGCUGUCGUGAAUCGAGUUGUGGAAGAUUUCAUUGACAUCAAUACACCAUUGAAACAGUUCACUGAUGCUGUUCACAUGGCAGAAGAAAUCCCUGGUGCUGAACAUAACUUUGUUGAGAAAGCCCAACAAUUGCAACAGUUUUCUAAUCGCGCUUCAAAAACUGCUCGAAUGGUAGCUGCUGGAGGCAGUGGUGGAAACAAGAAGCUGGCAGAAGCCCUUUUGAACUCAGCUACUCAGGUGGAGAGCUUGACACCUCAAUUGAUCAAUGCUGGUCGCAUUCGUAUGAAUUAUCCUGAGAGUAAAGCAGCUGAUGAGCAUUUUGAGAACCUUGUGUCUCAAUAUUCUGAUAGUGUGCAGAGAGUACGUGCAUUGUGCGAUGAAGCAACUGAUUCUGCUGACUUCAUUAGAAUGUCAGAGGAGCAGAUUCGAAAACAUACUCUUCUUUGUGAAGAAUCUAUUAGAAAGAACCAACCUCAAAAGAUGGUGGACAAUACAUCUAGUAUCGCUCGUCUUGCCAAUCGAGUACUGAUGGUAGCCAAGCAAGAAAGUGAUAAUUCAGAGGAUCCUAAUUUUGUUGAAAGAGUGAACCAUGCUUCAUAUACUGUGCAAGGCUGUGUACCUCCAAUGGUGCAAGAUGCAAAAGCUGUCGCUGUUAAUCCUCAAGAUGGCACUGCUGUUUCUCGAUGGAAGCAAUCCAACAAAGCACUCCUGACAGCCGUUGGUCAGGUGCGACAAGCUGUUACUGUUUCACCUGAUCUUCCACCACCACCUGACAUGACCACUUUACAUAUCAACGAUUAUGCUCCCCCGAGGCCACCACUUCCCGGAGGAGAGCUCCCCCCUCCACGACCUCCUCCGCCUGAAACCGAUGACGAGGAUGAUAUGUUCCUGCAGGCUCCUCAACCAAACCAGCCUAUUAUGGUUGCUGCUCAUGGCUUGCACCAAGAGGUUCGCCAAUGGUCGAGUAAAGAUAACAACAUAAUUGCUGCGGCCAAGAAGAUGGCGGUGCUUAUGGGACGCCUCAGUCAACUUGUCCGUGGAGAAGGUGGCAGUAAGCGAGACCUCAUUGCAUGUGCCAAAGCAAUUGCUGAGGCAAGUGAAGAGGUGACCCGCCUUGCGAAAGACCUUGCACGUGAAUGCACUGACAAGAGGAUGAGGACGAAUCUUCUCCAAGUUUGUGAGAGAAUUCCCACCAUUGGUACUCAACUCAAGAUUCUGUCCACUGUCAAAGCUACAAUGUUGGGUGCGCAAGGUACAGAGGAGGAUCAGGAAGCAACGGACAUGCUGGUUGGCAAUGCUCAAAACUUGAUGCAGUCUGUGAAGGAGACUGUAAGGGCUGCAGAAUCUGCUUCAAUAAAAAUACGCACUGAUGCUGGAGUGAGACUUCGAUGGGUUCGUAAGCAACCUUGGUAUCAAUAUUAAAAUGAUACAUUGUGCAGUGUGCUCCAGGUUAAAUAGUAUAUCUGGUCCAGUAUGUGGCCUUGAGCUGGCUUGUUCUACAUGUACUCUGCCCUUUUCCCUUGGAGCAAAUACUUUACAAUGCACAAUCAGUCCAGGAAAGUGUUCUUUCUGCUUAGAUUAUGCAUAAAAACAUUUCGUUGGUGCUUAACAUUUCUCUGAAAACAUUCACAUCAGCUACUCCUUUGAACUUCCAUAUUUACUAAACCUCAUUUGUGCAUUUCAAUACUUUUGUAGACAUCUGCUUGUUUAAAUACAAAACAACAACAUGUUGUUUUCUGUCCACGGACAUACUCAUAAUAGUGCUCAUUGCAGAACUCUGCGACCUUACAACAACUGUGAUUUAUGAGAAAUGGCGUAAAUGUUUUUAAUGAGUUGGCUGAUGUUAAAAAAUAGUUAUGGGUGAAUUAUUCUGUUGUGUUUCUUCCACACUAGUUGUAAAAGCUAAUUUUAUAAAAUUGUAUUUUCAUAACCAAAUCUUUCUAUAGUUCACAUAAAUUCGCUAGUGCAAUCAAGUGGCUGUUUAUAUAUGAUAGUCUAAGCAUCCAUAUUUUUAGAAUCGUAUUCUGAUAGCAAAUCGUCAUAACAAUAAUAAUAAUAAUAAUAAUAAUAAUAAUAAUAAUAAUAAUACAUAUUAAUUAUGAUAAUAUUAAAGAAUUAUUGUAAUAAUAAAAAUAAUGUUAAUAACACAAUUCUUUGUGAGAAGGAAACUUUAUUUUAAGUAGUAUGUACAAUAAUAUAUAUUAUUUCAUAUAAUUGUACGAUCCUUGGGGUCUCUUGGCAUGUACAUUCGUUCAUUUUCUAUGUAUUUGUAAUUAUAUGCAUGUAAAAGUGCAAAAAAUGCUAUUUGCUUGUCUUGAACAUUUAGAUCUGUUUAAUCUAUUCAUUACUACCAAAAAUUAUAAGUAAGAAAACCUUGCCUAGACAAUUUACUCUGAGAAUAUUUCGACACUGGUCUUGUGCAUUUUCCAGAAUGAUACACAAACUAUUCUGUGAAAGAAAAAUUGGGCAAAUUGUAGUUUGUCUCUAAGAAUAGCUGAUGUUGACGUCAUCUUGUGAACCCUUUCUAAUGAAGUGAACGUAUACAUAGUGGGCAAGGUAUGCAGCCCUCUUUGACUGGCAGACCAUUUGAAUGUGCCAUUAGCCAUAUGAAUGUCCUUAAGCGCAAAUAUGCAAAUUGUUUCUUUGAAUUAUCUUUAAUUGUAGGUUCUAUGGAUAUUUGUUUACUUAAUGUUCUUCAAGUGGUGUAAUAUCUUUCGUAAUGAAUCUCGAAAAUGUUAUAUUUACAAUUAGCAAAGGUUAUAUAUUUCUCCCAAUAUGUAAAUCAGAUUUCAUUGUUUCUGUUACAUAUGAAAAUUCAAAACGAACUUAAUGAUGGUGAACUUAGUGAUGGUGAAUGAUGAGAAUGAUGAUGAGGAAAAUUUAAUACCACCGGAUCUUGCUGUUUCUUUUUUAUGUGAAAUUCAUUUCUGUGCCAUUCAACUUAUAGUAGAAUCAACACAUAACUGUUGAUAUAUUCAGAAGGUUGCUUGUACCUCUUGACAGUCUGUCUUUCCUACGUUCUUAUUUUAAAUUUAUGAUGUCAAAACUUAUUUAUUAAACAGGUAACAUUCUUUAUUAGGAUUGUUUUACUAUGUUAAUAAUAAUGAUGAAGAUGAUGUCAAUAAUUAUUAUUAUUAUUACGACAACAGACAGGUUUGACAACAGACAUUGAGCAAGUUUACUUGUACAUACUUGCCUGUACAGUUCAUAAAAUGUUUUGUUGAAAUAUCAGUUACUAAACUUGAGAUAAAUGUUCAGUGUUUGUGAAUGAAACGGAUCAGUAAUCCCAUUCAAAAGUCAUUAACUGAUUCUUGUGAUAUUAAUUGUUGUGUCAAGGCUGAUGUCAUGUGAAAAUAUUUUACCCAUGUUUCAAAAUACAAUUCAUUUUUAUUUUCUUGAUCUAAUGUUAAUUUUGAAUCAGCAUAGUGGAAAAUCAGAUGUAACACUGUUACGAAAUUUAUUAUGUAGGUUGAAAAUUGUCUUCACUGUGUAUUGUUGCUGCGCAAUCUCAGUGUAUCCUAAAUCUUCCUCAUAGUGUUGUGACUAAUUUUAUAAUUGGCAUUCAGCAACAUAUUGAUUAAAGGCCUAUUAUAUUUAUAAAAGAAAAAUCUGUCCUCUCACUUCUUGAUUUUCUAACUAUGCUUGCAGAAGCAAUAAUGCUAAAAUUUAAUAAUUGUUAAUCUUUCAUGCCUAUUUAUGUAUUGUAUCAGUCGAACUUGAACUACUGAAAAGGUUCUGAAUCAUGUAUUAUUGGCAUUUGUGGGACUUAAAAUAUAAGAUAUUGCUUCUAUAUUUGUUGUUAUGUGAAACUGUACUUAGUUGUAAGAUUUUCUGCAUUUAAGUUUUUGAAGUACCAUUUUCUAGGAUUAAUAUUUAGUGUCUUCAACCUCCUCGUGAAAUGGCUGAAAUAAAGGAAGUCAUCUCUGUUUACUUAAAUGUAUUAUGAAAGCAGGUUUUGUGUCAUCAUCAGUCUAGCAAUGGAUGGCGAAUUAUCAUCCAGGGUCUACCAAAUUUACACUUUGGCAGGAGUGUAUGGCUUUUAGAUGUUAAGUUUUUGAAAGAAAGGAUUUUCUUGUUUGAGUUCCAACAUCCUCUAUCUGCUUUAAAUAUUCUUGUGGAUCUAGACAAACUCCCAUCUUGAACUAUUCUUCCGCAGUCCUCUCUCCAUUGUAUUCAAGGGCAUAAUAGUCUCCCCUAUAGCUAAGAAUUUUUAUGACAGUAUAAAAUUAAUAUAAAUUGUCUUCUUCCAUCAUUUGACUUCUCCUGCCAUUGUACUAUGUGACUAUGUGUAACUGAACUUAGUCAUGAACGUAUUACAUUUCUCAAACUUAAAUCUAUAAUAUCCUUCAAUCAGUGCCAUUGUUUGCAUCUUGUUAAGAAAAGCAAGUAAAACAGCAUGUGACUUAACUAGUAGUCUCAUUGAGACAGUUUAGCAAAGGUAAACUUAGUCAUAUGAAUUUAUUGUGCCACAUUUUGUAAUAUUAAGCUAUGUCAGUUGAGGUAUAUAAGAUUUCAAAUGUUAUAAAUAAUGUGUGUACAUAGACACAUUUUCUAAGCACCCCAAAAUUUCAUUUAAAUCACUGUUUUGAGUGAUUGUUUUUAAUUGUUUUCUUUCUAACCAUCUUUUAAAUUAUCAUUAAUAAGAAAAAUAGGAAAAUUUUCCUGUUUCAAGGAAGUAAUCAGCUAACAAUUUCUUAACCCUUUUUGAAUUGAAACAAACUGAAAAGUUCAUUCCUCCUUUAAAUACUGUAUAUGAAAUAGCUCUCUUAACUAGCGCAUAAUAAAUCUCAUGUUACUAAGAGUGAAAUCGAAGUCCCACAAAUGGUUUUGUAUUUUUUUAUAUCCACAUCAGAUUUCAUAAGUUAAAAAAGACAGAUUCUCUUGAAUCAAGGUCAGUACUAUACUGAUAUAUUUUUACAAAUUUAAUUUAGCUAUAUUUUUUGUUUUAGUUUCACAAAGUUUUAUAUAUUGUUAUUCAGCAAAAGAACUAUAAUAUAGGUGAGAAUUAAAUUGUCUAGAAGAAUAAUUAUUUUUGUAUAUUACUUUAAUUUCAGUACAUUUUUUUAUGUUAAAAAUCUUUUUUAUAUCAUACUAUAAAUAGUACUUCAUUUCAUUAAAAUUGAUCCAAAAGGCUUGAAGAACUUGUGGUGUAGUAUAGAAUUAAGAGAAGAAUUUUGCUUGUAAUUCAUUAACAUGUUCUGUUCAUAUUGCUAGUGAUUCUUCAUGACUUUACUUGAAACUUUAGCAGCCUUUAGUCUGUUUUAGAUACGAUCAGUCAUAGAGUUGCCACUUCUUCGGGUUUGACCACAGACUGGAUUUAAAGUCCAAUCUCUAGUUUCUGAAUUACUUUGAUAAUCUCAGGGUCAUUUCAGUUUCUUAUUUCACACAAUUCUUGUGAUUUAAGUUUACACCCAAUUCCUUAUUGUCUUAAAUGGGUUCAGAUGAUUCACUUGCAAGUUCUUAUUGUAUGGCACUUUUGGAAACUAUUUGACUUCACACUAAUGAGGUGGAAAAGGACAGUUCUGGAAGAAGAUUUUAGAAAGAAAGAAAACACACUUAAAAUAUAAUAGUGUUCAUGAAUGUUAGUCAGAGUAUGUACCAUUGUAAUGAUUUUUUUUAAUAUUUAUCAGUAAGAAAAAUAAAUUUACAUACAUUAUUGUUAUGUAUGCCGUAUAUCCCUACCUACCAAACGGCAAACCCACAUCUGAUACAAGAUAUUCCUAUGGCUUCAGAAUUAUUCAGACUAGCAGGUUUAUUUUCUAGCCUGCUCAAUAAAUCUGUUAACUUUUAUAAAAUGUUUGAUUUCCUCCACCAGUCAUAGUUGUAAUCAAAAUGAAACAGUUUAAGAACUACUGUAUUUGAUCAAACAUUUUCUUGCUCUCUCUCCUCCCCUUAAUUAAUCUACAAUCAAUUAAAAAACCUCCAGGUGAGGAAUUUUUGAAAGGUGGCAACUCUAAGCAGUCAUCAUAUAUAUUUGCAUAUUGUAUGAAUUUAUUUAAUUAAAAGUAAUGGUGAAUUUUUGUGUGGAUGAGUGUUUCUUAAUGAUAUACAUGUUUCAAUGUAGUAUAUCACUAACAUAUUUUAAUGUGUCAUAGCAAUAGCAUGGCAAUAUUUUAAGUUAAAUCAUUCAUUAUGUUAAUUUUUUUAUCUCGUUCUUUCUUUCUGUGUAUCAAAAUAGUGAUCAAAUAUUUUUAUUAAUUGUUCAUUGUGAUACUCUCUGUUUAAGAAUUUCCACACUUCAAAGGAACGUAUUCAUUUGGAACUCUGUCUUGUAGUUCUGCAGGCAAACAUAAGAAUAUUUUAUACAUAUGUAAAUGGAAAUAUUUUGGUAGAGACAGUUUUAGGCAAUAGUUUAAAAUAAUUGGAGAGCAUUUAACACCUUAACCAUGGUUGGUCCUGGCAGACUAGCUACAGUAAUAAAUUAAGCUUUUUGUUAGGUUGUAAUCUGUAGAACCCUACAAACUGCAUUGCCUUAUAUUAAACUGGAAAUUGAAGGUAUAGAGAACAAAAUUGAAAAAGAACAUACAUUAUUUAAAAAAAAAUAUGUUUUAGGCUAGGUCUGGAGCUGCUACGCAACAAGUUUUCCAUGACAUAGUAAUUGGAAAAUCAGAUUAGUUUCAGAGUUCAGAAUAAACACAAACACCUCUGUAGUGCUUUCCUUUUUCUCUCUUUUCUUUCUCUUUCUCUCUCUUUUCUUACCCGACACUUAAACAUGUAGAAUUGUUUGGCUUUGUUAAGAUUGUUGGUUUUCUCUCUGGUUGGGAACUGUCACUGAGAUGUCUCCCACUACUAAUUCUGGAGUCUUACCAUUAGUGCUGAGAAGGGUGGGAUAUCCAUUUGAAUUCAGGAUUUUAUUUCAUAAUUUGAAUAUGGAUAACAAUGAACUACAUAGUAGAUACACAAUUUCAGAAAUGUUGGCCAUUAAAUAUAGAUUUUUGUUCUCUUUGGACUUUGAAAUAUCAGAAAAAAUAAUAGCAAAAGUGAGCUCAGUACAUAUAUGUACUAUUGCAGUAUUAGGAAAAAAAUUCUUAAUAUCCUCUUUUUAGCCCUAGUAGCAAGAUAUUGGGAAAUAUUUCUUCACAACAGUAAGCUGAUAGAUUUGUUGCUUUUCAAGUUGCAAAAUCCUGCUCUAAGUGUUGUUAUGAAGUUUAGUAUUUGUAUUAUGAGUUUUAUGUGCUGUUUCUGUUCUUAUUAAAAGUUAAAUUAAAAAUGUAUUUGAGAAUGCUUUCUUAAUUGAAACUUUUGUAAUUAACAAUCGGUGGAUUUUAAUUUUAUUUCAUGUCAACUGUUACUAAUUAUCAUUCCAAAAUUGAUUGAGCACUUUGAUAUUUUCAACAGUUUCCUAAACAAAUUAACAAGAACAUGAACUUUUCAGAAGAUGAAAUAUUUGUUACUGGAUAAUUUUUGUACAUUUCUUUUAACUUAAGCAAGAGUACCAAAAUUCAAAUUGUAUGAAAAUAAACUUGUAUAGAUAUUGAAAUUAUGUACUAAAAAAAUGUCUAUUUGACAGUACUGCUUUUUCUAAGUAAAUUCUCAAUUAAUUACUAUAUUAAUCACAAGUUUAGUAAAAAAUUUUGAAUAGAAAUAGCUUUUACGCAUACAUAAUUGAUACAAGGUUUUUAAAGAAAGUAAUGAAAAAUCUUCAAAAUCAAUACAUCAAGUUUUAAUUUAUGUGACAAGUGCUCAAAAAUUGAGAGUUUACAAUUUGGUUUGAUAGGAGCUUUGUUUGAUCUAUUAUUUACUUGGCUGUCAUUCUGCUACCUUCC